AUGUUGGUAUGCAACAUGUGAUAUGAUAUAAGGGGAAAUUAAUGUUUAAAUUAGGCAAAAUCAAUGAAAUAAUUGAAAAAAAUAAAAGGAAAGAUAGAAUAGAAUUGAGAGAAAUGCGACCAUUUCAAAGCGACUAAAUCGGAGAGAGAGAGCGACGGUGGCGGUGGCGGUGGUGGCGGCGAUGAUGCUGGCGGUGGUAGAAAGCAUUAUCGGCGGUGUACUUAUGCUUCUUUUGUUUAUCCUCUUUAUUUUUUUCGCCUGUAAACCAUGGCGUCUCUUUUUUAAUUCUUCUCCUUCUCGUCCUCUUAAGGUUGGUGAAUUAGAGCGACCGCUUGUUUCAGAUGACGUGGAAAACAAUGAUUUAGCAAGGAAUUAUGACCUAGAGGGAGCGUGUUAUCAAAAUGAAGGGCCGCUGCGGUUGCCUCGAUCCCAUGGGCUUAUUCAUAAACAGAGGCUUCCAUCUGCAUCGCCCCAGUUGAACCAAGGAGAUAGCUUGAUUUUAGAUGUAACUUCGGAACCCACUGAGGAUAUUUCGGUUGGUCAAACCCUCAAGCGCACAUUUCUGACAGAACACCUAGCUGAAGUUCAGCAACAUACUGGACAGACAGAUCAGAGUCCUCAUCGGGAAAAUGAUAGCAUUCAGGAUUUUGCGCCCUGCAUUAUUGCCGAUCAAAGAAGCUGCCUCUCUCUGGAGGUCAUCUCUGGUCCUUCUCGUGGCCUCCGAUGUUCUAAAUGGUCCACAAGUGCUUCAGGAGUUCCAUUUAUCCUUGGAAGGGUAUCAAGUGAUAUGUUGUUGAAGGACUCAGAAGUGUCGGGGAAGCAUGCAAUGAUCAACUGGAAUGUGGAUAAGAAAAGAUGGGAGCUUGUUGACAUGGGUAGUCUAAAUGGAACGCACCUCAAUUCACGACCAAUUAAUCAUCAUGAUUCUGGAAGUAGGCACUGGGGUAAUCCGGCUGAUUUGUCAAAUGGAGACAUAAUAACUCUCGGAACAACCUCAAACAUACGUGUUCACAUCACAUUUAAAGCUGAGAAUGAGAUGCCUUUUUGUGUAGGCAUGGCAUCAGAUCCCAUGGCUAUGCGUCGAGGAGGAAAGAAACUUCCUAUGGAAGAUGUGUGCUAUUAUCACUGGCCCCUUCCGGGCAUUGAACAGUUUGGAAUGUUUGGAAUUUGUGAUGGGCAUGGUGGAGCAGCAGCUGCUAAUACUGCCAGCAAAAUGCUUCCUGAGAAGGUUGCAAAGAUUUUGUCGGAUUCACUAACAAGGGAGAGGGUUUUAUCACAAUGUGAUGCUUCAGAAGUUCUCAGAGUUGCAUUUUCUCAAACAGAAGCUUCAUUGAAUUACUACUAUGAGGGUUGUACAGCAACUGUGCUUCUGGUUUGGGCUGAUGAUGACAAAAAUUUCUUUGCUCAAUGUGCCAAUCUUGGGGAUUCAGCUUGUGUUAUGAAUGUUGAUGGGAAGCAAAUUAAGAUGACGGAAGACCACAGAGUAGUUAGCGAUACUGAACGACAGCGAAUAAACGAAUUGGGACAACCUCUGAAAGAUGGAGAGACGCGUCUUUGUGGAUUGAACCUUGCUCGGAUGCUUGGAGACAAAUUUUUGAAACAGCAAGAUGCUCGUUUCAGUUCAGAUCCCUACAUAAGUAAAGCUGUGCAUAUAGAUCGCACAAGUAAUGCCUUUGCACUUUUGGCAAGUGAUGGCUUUUGGGAUGUUAUUGGUGCUAAGAAGGCAGUUCAACUUGUACUUCAGACGAGGGAGAGGUACUCGACAGACGGGGAUAAUCCUACAGAGAAGAUUGCUAAUUUUUUACUGAGUGAGGCUAGAACAAUGCGGACAAAGGAUAACACCUCCAUAAUUUUCUUGGAUUUUGGCAUAAAAUCAAGAAUAUCUUCUUGUAAAGUUGUAUCCUAAUAUAAAUUAUGAGUAUUUAGUGUACAAAUUAUAAUUAUCCUUUUGCUUUUGAACUUCUUUUAA